AUGGAUCCAAAAUCCACUGAAGGUGGAAAAGACAGUGUCUGUGUAGUGAAUGUAGAUAAUUGGAUUGAGCAGAAUAAACAGUAUUUCGAGCCUCCAGUAUGCAACAAAAUGAUGCAUCAGAAGGGCCAGAUGAAGGUAUUUUAUGUAGGUGGACCAAAUCAACGUAAAGAUUAUCAUAUAGAGGAAGGAGAAGAGUUAUUUUACAUGGUGAAAGGAGAUAUGUGUUUAAAAGUAGUGGAACAUGGUAAACAUAGAGAUGUUAUAAUAAAAGAAGGAGAGAUAUUUUUGUUACCUGGUCGUGUAGCUCAUUCCCCACAACGCUCAGAAAAUACUAUUGGUUUAGUCAUAGAACGAGAACGCCUCAAAUCAGAAUUAGAUGGAUUAAGAUAUUAUGUAGAAGUAGAAGGUGAAAAAACAAUGGAAUCUUUGUUUGAAAAAUGGUUUUAUUGUGAAGAUUUAGGAACACAAUUAGUGCCUAUAAUAAAAGAAUUUUUUGAUUCACCACAAUGUAAAACUGGAGUCCCUAAAGCAGGAGCGAUCCCUGUAGAUCCACCAAUAGUAUUAGACAGUGAAGUUACACUGAAAAAUCCCUUUAGUUUAAAGAAAUGGAUUGAUAAAAACCGGGCAGAUAUUAAUAAGAAAGGCAGUAUGUUAUUAUUUGGCUGUGGUUGUCAGUUUCAAGUCAUGGUUUAUGGACAAGGAGAAAAUUCAGGGAAACAUUUAGUGGCAGAGACCUGGAUCUGGCAAAUCGAAAAUAAAUCAACUAUAACAGUAGAUGGUAAAGAAUAUGUUUUACAACCUAAUGAUUCUAUGCUCAUUCCUGUAGGUAAAAUGUAUUCAGCUAAAAGACAAGAAGGCUCAAUAACUCUCAUUUGUUUUCAAGAUCCUGGAUUGAAGCAGGAAUAA